AUGUUCACCGAAAAGCCAACGUUUCCAACUGCGAAACUUCGUCUACCGCCUAUUGGUCAACCGCUUCGAAGGAAACCUGCAACUCCACCAACACCUUCAUCUAUAUCGACCGAUAGCAACAAUACGUAUCUCACUGAUGAUCUUACUGAAUUGAAGAGUAAAUAUUCAGAUUAUACUGCAUGGCUUAAAACAUCUAGUGGACAUAGUCGUGGACCUGUCAUGACACAGGCUUUGCUAAAAAACUCGCUCUGUCAAAUGGGUAUUGAUUUAGCCAAAGCCGAACAACUUGUUUCGACAUGUUCAUGGUAUGUGUAUCAAUUUCAAAAGGAUUUAAAAAGCCGCCCCGGACCAAAAACUCCAUUAGCACCAUUAGAAAGUAAAACAACGCAUUCAUCUAAGACUAAAACAAGAAAACUUCCGCCAAGAAAAGAUCACAGCGAUGAUUCAUCUUCAACAAUGACUUCAUCAGAUAAAGAUGAUUCUUUCCCACACCAUGCUCCGACUUCCGUACGUAAUCAUCAUUUCGUUCUACCUGCAAUUCAUGUUUCUGAUCUAUCAACUUCGUCACGCUACCGACAUGUCGAUUUUCACGCUGAUCAAACAUCAAGACAUUCACCUAACGUUCCAUCUACUCAUUGGCGCUCAGCACUAAUGAAAACACGAGUAAUCUCGAAACUUCAGCCGAUCUCUCGGAAAUCUUCGAACAAUAGUUCUCCUCUUGAUAUGCAUUCAAAUACAUCACAUCGCGGCCUAACUAUCGGUCACACACGUUCCAUUCUUCGUAAGCAAACGAGUUCGUCAUCAUCAGCAGCUUCUACCGAGACAACUAGUCGAAAAACAGGCAGUCGAAUGUUAACGCCGUCAUCGACGAUCAUUGACGAUGUGCCAUUAGGCACUCGUUCGCAACGUUUAUUCGGUGGUAGCGAAUGUUUUGCUCAGAUAAUGAACGAACUUGAACAGCAAACUGACUGUUAA